AACAACAACAACAAGAGGAGCAGCAGCAGCCGCAGCAGUGACAAUGACAGCGACAGCGACGCCGACAUCGACGUCGGCUGCGACGAGAAAGCAACCUGCAAAUAACGUGAUGUUCAGCGAAGCUUUUACGGUUAAGCGGCUUUUAGCGAUUUUUGUACUGUUCACACUGCUGCACAGAAGUCAGGGAUUGGAGCUUGGGGAUAAGUGCCAGCAUGACAUGGACUGCACAGAUUUCAUCAAGGGCAGCAGCUGCUCGGCGUUGGGAUACUGCGAGUGUGCGCCCUACUUUGUUCAAUUGGAUGCCAAGCGGUGUUUGUCAUCUCAACUAUUGGGAGGGGAUUGCCAGUUGAGUGAGCAGUGUUCCAUGAAGGUGGCCAACAGCAGCUGCCUGGACGGCGCCUGUCGAUGUGUCGAGGGAUUCUUGCAAUUCCGCAAGCACACAUGUCUGGGACGUAAGUAUCAGACAACUGUUGAUCAAUUGUGGCCCUAA